AUUCCCUGCCUACUCACUGAUCUACUCGCAUCAAUGGCCUCCGGACUCAUUUUCGACCCCCGCAGUCUCCUGCGCGCUGCCCCUCUUGUCACAUCGACCUGCACCCUGUGGUUCGCAUUCGACCAGGACUUCUUCCUCAAUGUCUUCCUUCAUCCCGACCAUCGACCCGGCAGCGACGCACUCUUGCCAUCCUAUUUUCGCGUCUUCUUCCGUCGUGGCCUCGUGCGUGUUUUGGGCCUUUUGACGCUGACCCUGACAGGAGGAGGAUGGAAUAUUCGGACGCACCACCGCCAGUCAUCAUCCUGGCCGUGGUAUGUCGCAGGCACAGCGCUCGCCGCCAGUCAUCUGCUUUUUGUGCCAGCCAUUGCCCCGAAGAUCCAGGCGAUCACAGAGGAUGCGUCUCAGGGUUCGUCGACUCGGGAUCUCGAGGGUUGGCUGGCUAUUCACCGGGUGCGGACUUGGACCGUCGACCUGGCUGCGUGGGCUUGUUUUGCGGUCGGCAUGUCGGUAUCUCAAUGAGGAAUUCAGAGAAUAUAUGGCACGCAUUAAAUUGCAUUCCUUGGAAAGCUAUGUACAUAUAUAUAUCUGCCUAUGCGACCGGUUGGAACUAAUCCGGGUCAUUCAAUUCUUGACCGGAUCUGAACGUUGCAUACCAGGAAGCUAUGUAUAUUAUCAGGGCUUGCCAAACUCAUUAUCCAAGCAGUCCAAGAUCUUCUGAUACACUAAGGUUAUAGUGCCACUUUUUAGCCUUU